AAACCACCUCCGCCUCUUCCUUUUGAAACGAAUGGCCUGAAAUAGCGCAGCGCUGUUUUGAUUUGACUGUAUUUCUGUUCCCCCUUGAUCAUUCUGCAUAUGAACCGCCGCGAGUACCGACCAUGAAAGCCCGCCUUUCCAGCUCCGCCAGCAGCCGCCCCCUGGCCUGCCUUGGCCGAAGAUGGCAGCCCCGCCACGGCAGCCCCGUCCUUUUGUCGAGUAACAGCAGAAGCACACCGGCGGCAGCACCGGCCGGCAGCCCGAGGCGGCACGUUGGCGGCCUCUCCCAGAAGCCCGACUCGACAUUCGUCUCGUUCCCCGGCGCGCUCAAAAGCGAGUUCACGUCCAAGUUCCAGUUCACGCACCCGGCCGAGUCGCCGGCGGUGCCGACCUACCGCACCGUGGACCAGCACGGCGUCGUGGCCGACCCGGACUUUGAGCAGGACCUGAGUGAUGAGCAGGUGCUGGGCCUGUACCGCGACAUGGUGGCCGUGUCCAUCAUGGACUCCAUCAUGUUCGACGCGCAGCGGCAGGGCCGCAUCAGCUUCUAUAUGGUGUCGGCCGGCGAGGAGGCCGUGUGCGUCGGGUCUGCCUCGGCCCUCGAGAAGCGCGACGUCAUCUUCUGCCAGUACCGCGAGCAGGGCGUCUUCCGGCACCGCGGCUUUACGUUCAAGGACUACAUGGACCAGCUGUUUGCCAACAAGCACGACCCGGGGCAGGGCCGGAACAUGCCCGUCCACUACGGCAGCAAGGAGCUGAACAUGCACACGAUAUCAUCGCCCCUGGCCACCCAGAUCCCGCAGGCAUCGGGCGCGGCGUACGCGAUGAAGAUGCAGCGGAUCCAGAACCCAGACUCGCCCGAGCGGGUCGUGGCUGUGUACUUUGGCGAGGGCGCGGCGAGCGAGGGCGACUUCCACGCGGCGCUCAAUAUCGCGGCGACACGGGCGUGCCCCGUCGUCUUCAUCUGCCGCAACAACGGCUACUCCAUCUCGACGCCGGCGCUGGAGCAGUACCGGGGCGACGGUAUCGCCAGCCGCGGGCUGGGCUACGGCAUCGACACGGUGCGCGUCGACGGCAACGACCUGUGGGCGGUGCGGCGGGCCACAAAGCGGGCGCGCGAGCUGGCGCUCGAGGGCGGCGGCAGGCCCGUGCUGGUCGAGUGCAUGACGUACCGCGUCGGCCACCACAGCACGUCGGACGACUCGUUCGCGUACCGCGCGCGCGUCGAGGUCGAGGACUGGAAGCGGCGCGACAACCCCAUCUCGCGCCUGCGCAAGUGGAUGGAGGGCCGCGGCAUCUGGGAUGACGAUAAGGAGAAGGAGGCGCGUGACGGCCUGCGCAAGGAGAUCCUCAAGGCCUUUUCCGAGGCCGAGCGCGAGAAGAAGCCGCCGAUCCGGCGCAUGUUUGAGGAUGUAUACGAGGAGAUGACGCCGGACCUGAAGAGCCAGAUGGCGCAGCUCAGGAGCCAUAUUGACAACUACCCGGACGAGUACGACCUGGGCGAGUAUGAGGGUGGGAAGGAAAGCUUGGGUCCAUGAGUAGUUCGGGGAAGUUAGUUAUCUAGGUGGGUAUACGAGCAGUUGAAGUUCAUCAACCAGCCAUCAGAUCCUGCUCAGAUGUGUUUUCUCUGCCUACCUAAUUGUGAUCUUUUUUCAACCCAA